AUGCCCCCAUCUACUCAGACAUACCAUGAUCCCCAAGCUGAAUCUUUAAAGGCUAUACUUGCCCGGACAACCCGCACUCCGAUAUUCUGCCAUCCAAAGGCAUGGUCGCGUGUGCAUCUUGAUAUUCUGCGCGUGAGCGGCUUGGACCAGACACAUCCCCUUGACCAUGUCAUUGGAAAGCCUGUGGCUGACAACCCAUCUGCCCAUGUCUUGCGGGAUGAGCCUGAAGAAACAACAACUCCGGAAGAGCCAGAUAGCAUGCUGCUACAGGGGUUUGAGGAAGGGUUGAAAGAGAAUGAUGGUCAAAAGCCAGGAGAGCUGGAUAUUGCGCAUCUAUGCAUAUGUUGGAUAGAAGUGCUAAGAAAUUACCCCGGGAAUUACCCACAUCAAAGCGCAAAGGAUAUGCUUGGGAGACGAAGUAUUUCCAGACUCGAAUUGCAACUUCGUUUCGAAAACCGGGGUGCUUCGUUAAAAGGUCCUCAUGUUCUUUAUGAUGCCCUAAAUAAUGAAUACCCGCCAACCUACUUUCCUAUAAUCGCUGUUCUGGCUGUGGACCAUGAGUCCUAUCGGCCCAGAAGCACCACGAACAAGGUGCAGGAGAAUAUAAGGUUGAAGCGCUGGAGGAAGAGGUCGCAACCUGCAGAGCUCGCCGCUAUCCUACUAGCAAUGGCUCAACAACAAGCGCAGCUGUUGGCUAAGAGGCUUAAUAAUGAGAAGGAUCCACGCUUUGAUACGGUUCAUCCCAUCGUCGUCACAGUGAAAGAGACCGUAGUCCGAUUCGUUCGGGCUCAUGUGUCACUAAGGUAUCUAGACGCUUUGACGGACCCGACACGAAUACUCAAGGAGAGCUUGGUUAUGGAGAUGUCAGAGCCUUUAGACAUGCUUGCUGAACCGGAUCGUCUACGCUUUCUCCCUGCCGCCACGGGUGUGCUGGAUCAGUAUUUCGCAGAUUUAUGGCCAAUACUUUCGAAACGCAAAGAGUCUAAUGUUGAUGGAUAG